AUGGCGGUAUACCCGGAACCGAGCCUUGACUCCCCUCAUCUCAACAAAGAUGCUUCCCGUCUACCUCAACAAGGCUGGAGCUGUGACUGGGAAAAAUUUGACUUUGAUGAUUUCCUGUUCCCAUAUGUCUAUGGGCGUAUGAUCCUUAACGUCGAACUCAAAGCCUACUUUGACAUAUAUGGCAUGAUAGAGAUCCUCAUGUACAAGCCCGAUUCUGCGCAGAUCAUAUUCAGAUGUGGCGACACGUAUCUGCUGAAGGAUGUGGAGGCGUCGAAGAUUUGGAAAUUCACUGACUGGUACACGAGCGCUGAUGAUUUCUAUUGCAUCACUUAUAGGUAA